GUCGAAUCCUCAAAGAAAAGCUCCCACAAAAGCAAACCCCUGUUUAGUGCCUAUCCUUUGUGUCUUUUUUUUUCAAUUCCCUGAGAAUGAUAAACUGUUGACAAAAGUUUUGAAAUGUUUUUUCGUCGUGUCUUUUCGCGAAAACCAGCCUCCUCCAAUGGAUUCCUUCAUCAGGAUUCCCAAGAUUCUGAUGAGAAAACUCGAAUUGUGGACCAUAAGUAUCCUGGAUCGGCAAAAUUCCAUGCGAGAAGGCUCAGUAGCGGAGGACUGGAUGAUCAGAGAAAUCAUGGUCGCGUGCUCAAUGUGAUACAAUUGACACCCCUGUGGGAGCAUAUUAUUCGGACAGGACAUCUUCCUACCAAUAUCAGUGUGACAGAAUUAUUUGGGGAGUUCAAUGAGCGCCUUAGUGAUCCUGAGUGGCAAGUGCGUCAGCAUGCUCUUAGAGUUCUCGUGGAUGUCCUACUUGUUCUUGGACAAAGGGCUGACCUGCAUGUGUCCCCAUUGAUGGGAGUUCUAGUGGAGAAUCUUGGUCAUUCGGCUCCAGCAGUAAGAAAGGGAGCUCUGGAUGCCCUACGGGUGUACAUCUCAGAGUCCGCAAUGCCCGAAACGGUUCUCCUUGAGAUUAUUGAUCUGGGAAUGGAACACCCCCAUGAAGACCCAUUUGGAGGACGUCUCACAGUGGGGACAAUGCUCUCGAUGCCGGCUCUCGUACAAGCCACUCAACCCACUCCCAAGAGGCAUCAUAUUCUACGUUCAGCCGUUGAGGCAUUGCUCGAAAAAACGGUACAGAUAACUUUUCAGGAAGUUGCCCUGAAGAUUCUCUUAAAAAUAAGAGAUUACGUAGGUCAGGAGGAUUUUUACGAUGUGAUGCCUCAUAGUGCUCGGAGGAACUUUGAUCUCCUCUGUAGUGUUUACGGACUUACUGAACCUACAUCCAGGGAUUCUGGAAUUGAUCUCCAUAUCCCAUCAAGUACUGAGAGCAAAGGCUCAUGGAAGCAUCAACCGAAAGCUCCUUCCAGCGACAGUAGUGUCAGUUCGGAAUCCCAAGAAGUUCAAUGGAAAGUCACGACUAAUCAUAUGACGGCUGUGAGUCCAGGAAAACCCCAAUCUGUCGAUGAAAGUGGAUGCUGUGGUGAAGUGAAGAAUUGCAAUAUGGAAGAAAUUCCCAUGGAUGACAUCCCACCGGCAAAAGUGAUAAUGGAGACUGAGAUUAAGAUUAACCAAGAUACAGCUGUAACAAUGAGAAUUCUCGAAGCUGAUCCAUCGUCCAUGGAAGCCUCUAUGGAAAACCAUUCCAAUGAGGAUGAGAGUGAAGAGGAUGAAGUAACUAUUGUCGAAACUAAAGUACAAGAAACUCCUGUACAAAUUGAAGAUGUUGAGGCAGAAGCCAGAAGAACUCCGCGUAGGGUACAUUUUGGUGGGGAAGUGGUCAAGAUGAGAACACCGGAUAGUGACAAUGUAACUCAAAGUGAUGGGGAUGAUCAAAUUCGUCCUGUUAUCAUGACAAUAGCCACACCACCCUCUUCAGGCAGAUCAACUCCGCAAAAUACCACCACAAAUUCUUCAUCUUCCCCGAUGAAUUACCUAAGUAUUAAUAUCCCCAAUGACAACACAAAACCCCCAAUUCAACGUCCAAGAACAGCAACCAUUACGAAACUCGAUUCUCCAAACUAUCCCUCCACAUCACCGGAUCCUGGUUACUCUCCUGACCGCGGUAGAAUUAUGAGACACAAAUCCGCAUCCCCAAGGCACCAAGCGAGAAGAUUCAGCUUUACAGCCGAUCUGCUAAGCCCAAGAACUGAGCAUAAACCCAUCGAAAUGAUUCACAAUUUACAGAGGAGUCCAAUGGUAUCUCCCAUUCCAGCACGAAGUCGAGAUAAUUCUGAAGAUAGUCAAAAGGAUAAUAUUCAAGAAAUGGAAAUUAAAAGCCCUCCGAAGGAUGAUAAUCUACAAAAUAAGACAAAAUCAUGGGAAGAUCUUAAUCUUGUUGAUGAAAGUGUGUACAAGGAGCUCAAAAGUGGGGACUGGCGCCUUCGAUCUCGAGCCCUGUACAAACUUGAAGAUGCCCUACGGUCCACUGAAAAUUUGGCAGCAGUCCAGCCCUAUCUGGACUCCCUACUCCGUACCCUACUGUCCUCAGAGCGUCAUCCUGACGUUUGUGAGGACAAACGACGAAUCCUGGUUAAUCUCAUCUCCAGACUCCCGCUGGAAAAUCUCGAAAAUCGCACUGGACAAAUUGUCAUGGGACUCUGUCGACAAGGUGGAGCAACGGGGAAUAGUGUAGCAAAAGCUCUCAUGCAGAGACUCCCUCCAGCUGCUAUCGUCCUCCGCCUCCUGUCCGACGAAUUCCUCAGUGCGCGAAGUUCAAAGUUUCGCGAGAAUGCCCUUCAAAUGGUACUCUAUGCUCUCAUGACAUUUCCUAGUACAUAUUUUGAUGUAACCACGUGCGUGAUGAGAGCCACUCAGGCAGCAAUCGAUCCCAAGAAGAGAGUACGACAGGGAGCUUUGGAUGUUCUGGCAGUUUUGGGCCAAAUUAGCUCACCAAAGGUCGUAAUGGACGUUGUCAAUGGCAUAGCGGCAACAAGAACAGAUGGGAAUGCUCUAAGUGCUGCUGUUAAAGCAAGAUUAUCCAGAAAGCAACUGCCAAUGAUUCGAGAAGAUGGAUCUGUACAAUACGGCCUGAAACUUCCGAGUCCUCAGGCAAAUUUCUCAAUAUUCGGAGCUGAUAUCGAAUGGAUAACAUCAGGAGUGGGUUCGGUUUCUCCCACAUCGCUCAAGAGGAGGUCACAGAAGACCCAACCUCAAUCCAACCUGCCCAAUGAUUCGGGCAAUCGGUCAAUUGCCGAGGGAUCGACACAGAUGAACUACUUUCUGGCGAGGCGCAUGAAAAUGUCCCAAGAAAAUUUGAGUGGUGUGGGUGGUAAAGUACAUCAUGACACCCAAAAUAGUACCAUCGACAGUGGAUCUUCAAGGCCCAAGGAUGACGAUAGGAAUAACCAAUUUAUCGUGGCGACAGCAAUUCCGGUCCAUCAGCAAAUGCCACCAAUAUCAAAUGGUGGAUUUCGAUCUCAUCACUAUCAAUCACAAAACCUUCAAGCACACUCCUUUCCUGAAUUAUCAAAAGCAAGAGAGACAGUCGGUCAGAAAGGCACCUCCCGACCAUCGUAUACUACGCUGGAAUUUAUGGAAAUUUCACGACCUUCAAAACUCCCCGUCGCUUCGAGAUUUCCCGCAAUGGACAGUGGGCGAAAUAGUGAGAAUAGUGCAAGGGGCACAAAUAUCGAUAAUCCAUAUGCCAGCCUCAAUAAUCGCGUCUCCUUCGUACGAAUUCCUAAUCAAAAAAGUGGAACGAUGACCGAUCCUCAAGGUACUCCGACUACUCAGAGCUCCUUAGUAGAAUCCCAUCGUCCUGUCACUCAUCCUGCAUUGGAGAAAUCUGCACUCACUAAGAGAUUUAGUGUACCAGAAAAGCUCAAUGCCGUACAAGAACGUCCACAGCAUAAUAAUGUUAGCAAUAAAUAUCAACACACGGACACGCAGGCGCACGUUGAAACGGAACAAAGACCUAUUUCCGGAAGUGGAGUCAACGGGGGAACCGCUAUUGUUGGUCGCUUUUCCACAGCCGCCCAGCCGGACGUUGUGGCAGCCGCGGCGGCUGUGGUUGUGGCUGAACAGCUGGCCACACCAAUCAAUAUAGCAGCAGCAGAAGAAGAAGACGAAGAGGAGGAGGAUAGGAGCAGUGUUACGUCGUCCAAUGGUGAGAAAUCCAGCAAUCUGUCUCCCCAUUCGACACCCACACGUGUCGUAAGCACUGGGAGUUUAGAGCUGAAGACAGAAGAAGAGCCAUUUGCUGAAAAUGAUGCAAUACCACCUUCAAGAGCUCAAUCAGCCCAUUCCCUUGACCAUCGACCUUCUAAAAAUCCAUCACGACCUGCAACGAGUCACAGCCUUCGGGAAAAUAUCCUGACAGACACUUUAGCACUGAAAUCUGGCUCUGAAACACGACCUACGACUCCACAACUGAUCCACAAUCUCGAAUCUGAGGUGAUUUCUACAAAUUCUGUGGGAGCAUCUUCAGAUAUGGAUGAGACCGUUGAAGCAGCUCUAAAUGUUAUGCAAAAGCGUCAUGAAUUAGAUGCUUCGUCGAAUCUGGAUAGUCAACUUGAGGAUGGUGAUAGUAAGUGCACCAGCAGUUCGCAAUCUGAAGUAGGAGGUACUGAUGAAGUAGACCACAUAUCAUCAGCCGCGGAGCGUUCAUUUGAGUCUCAAGUUCUUCCCUUUGUUGCCGAAUCCAAAUCAGCACCCGGAAAGGUCACUCGACCCCCAAUUCUACGACGCUCUAGGAAAGUCUCACCCCUGAAAACAGCUCCUAAUCUCGCCAAUUGUCGCACAAAGAGCCUAGAACUCUACCCUACAACCAUGAGACGUUUCGAUAAGCCCAAAGAAGCCUUUGCCAUGACCUUGAAUCAGCUAGAGAGCGCUAGCUGGGAGAACACAAUGACCGGCUUGAAGAACUUUGUUCGACUGAUUCGACAUCAUCCAGAACUUGUGGAUACUCAGAUUCAUCUAUUAGCGGGAAUUCUCGCUAAACAUGUGAGAAAUUUAAGAUCUCAAGUUGCUAGAGCUGCAUGUCAAGCUGCUGGAGAGUUUUUUACCACACACCGAAGAUCCUUGGAGCAGGAGGCUGAUGAUCUUGUGACAACACUUCUCCAUCGAACAGCAGAUACCAACAAAUUCCUACGGAGUGACGCCACAAAGGCCCUAGAACUGAUGUGUGAGAAUCUUACAAUGGGAAAGGUAAUACAUUUACUAACCACCAGAGGAGCUACCCAUCCCAAUGCUAUCGUUAGGACCACAACGGCCAUGUUACUAACAAAAGUCGUGGAAAAUGCGGGAUGUGAUAAGAUUUUCGGCACCAGCAGAGAAUCUCGCGACAAAGUCAUCUUGACUGGUGCAAAUUUACUCACAGAGGGUAGUUUGGAGACACGCAACUACGCCAAACACAUGUUUAAACUACUUUCUACUCAUCAGCAGUACGGAAAGCUCCUGCUCGAGAUAAUUCCCACGAAAUUGUAUCGAAACAUUGAGAAGACACUCAAGAGAGUCUAGCGCACAUACUCAUAGUUGAAUUUGAAUCUUCUUAGGACAACUUAACAUGUCUCUGUUGACUAUCUCUUUGUACUUGGUUAUUUUUUAAUGUAAAAUACACACUGUUUCAUAUUAUA